UGUUGCAGUCGCCAGACUAUGCGGCUAGAAUAGAUGUAAGCCUAGUGAAGUAUACUGUAGUCGGAUCUAUCAGUGUCUUGAUGUUUCAAGAGUUUUUUCUACUUCUAGUUCAGUUGUACAUGCUGUGUUCUAAUUGAAAUCAAGCCUUGUCUACUGCUACACCAAGGAGAUAUCACCUUUAAUAUUAUCCUUAGCUUGGCUACCUGAUCAUUGGACAUUGCAGAAAUGUUUUGGGGACUGACAAUAGAACCAGGGAAGCACUAUUCCCAGACUGUGGAUCAGUCUUUUCAUGUUUCCAUGGCAGCACUUGAUACGAGGGAAAAGUCAGGUAUAACGCAGCUGUUAGUGCGCCAUGAGAAAGCAGAGUUUCUCCUUUGCACUCUUCAAUACGGUGAUGAUAUACCAUAUCCAUACCUUCAACAAACUCUCAAUCUCAACUUGUCUGAGGGUUCGGAAAUUAGCUUCUACUCAGAGGGCAAAGGAACGAUUCAUCUGACUGGUUACCUAGUAACCGAUGAACCAAUCAUGGAGGAUCCUGGUUUGAUAGCAGAAGCUCGUAAUCUCCUGGUUGGAUCUGAUGACGAAGAGGACUACGAUAGCGAUGAGGAGGAGGAGGAGUAUUCUGAUUCAGACAUGGAAAGCACUUCAUCGCAAGAUGUCUCGUGUAACUGGCAGGAUCUAAUUAAUGAUUUUGAGGGUGAGGAUGAUGAUGACAGUGAAGAAGAAGAAUGGACUCCAGAAUCAGCAAAGAAAAGUGCAAAAAAAGCAGUGAAAGAGAAGAAAAGGAAAUCUCAAGAUGAUUCUAUAUCUGAUGAUAUGACUCUUUCAGCUUACAAGAAAAAGAGAAAGGCGGCUGUACAGGCAGAAACAUUGUCCAAAAUGGAAAUAGCUGCUGAUGAAGGUGGUAAUGAAGAGGAUGAUGAAGAGGAGGAGGAGGAUGGAGAUUUCAAUCCAGUCCUUGAUAUGGAAGCCGAAGAGAGUGAUGAUGAAGAUGAUGAUGAAGAUGACGAUGAGGAAGAUGAAGAGGAUUAUGAAGAGGAGGAAGAAGAGGAGAAGUCCAAACCUUCUCCAAAGAAGAAAGCUCAAACUCCGAAAGGCAAAGAAGGGAAAUCACCUACGGCAAGCCCUCAAAAGGCUUCCCAAAAGAUGGAGGAGGCGGAAUCUGAAGAAAAGACUGAAUCCCCUCUCAAAAAGAAAAAGAAGAAGAAGAAACAGCAGCAGGAGGAAGUGAAGGAAGACGAGAGCAAAGAAGAAGUAGAUCUACCUCUGAAAAAUCUUAAAACUAAUAAUAAAGAGAAUAUUGAAGUUCAAAAGAAGGCUAAACCUGCCAAGAAGGAACAAACACCAGCUAAACAAAAAAUUCAGAAAAUAAAGUUACAAUCAGGAACAACGAUUGAAGACCUGAAAACCGGAGAGGGGAAGUUGGCUAAGCCAGGCAAGAAGGUCUUUAUGUACUACCGUGGAGUAUUAGCUAGCAACCAGAAAGAGUUUGAUUCCAAGCUAUCAGGUAAACCAUUCAUGUUUGGUCUUGGUAAAGGUGAAGUCAUCAAAGGAUGGGAUGCCGGUAUAAUUGGAAUGAAAGUAGGGGGCAAGCGUCGGUUGACAGUUCCACCAUCUCAAGCGUAUGGAUCACAGAGAAUUGGACCCAUCCCACCAAACAGCACCCUCAUCUUUGAUGUUGAACUCAAAGCAGUCAGGUAACUCACCAAGAGACAUUGCUGAAUCAAUAACAACAAUGUGGGUCAUUUCAGCAAGAACAGGGUUAAGAAGAGUAGGACUACUGUGAGAGGAUUGGAUUACUUGCUGAAGUUGUAGGACAAGUCAAAGAUCUUAGACAACUCAUUCGUUAGUCCUCCUACUUGGACAAUUUGAUUGACAAUUUAAAGGCAUUUGAAAUAUUUCUAUAGUGCCCAGUGAAAGACACAAGUCAGCUAUCAAGGACAAAUUGGUUUAACAGGUGAACAAUUCAUCAGGGGCUUUCCCAAUGCGAAGGACAAGAAAUUAGGUGUGGGCAACAAAAGGACAAGUCAAUUAUCUUGGAUAUCUAUUCCAGUAUUGAAUACUUGCUCAAUAUGACACAGAUUUCAGCAUCGGUAAGAGGCCAAUGUAUCAGGGACAAAAAUGUUGUGGAGUGAUGUGCAAUGUGUCUGAGAAGCAGGAUACAAGUACCUGUUGAUACUAUAGCACUAUUCAACCCAGAACAAUAGACUAAGUGUACUUAUAAUCUUAUCAAAUCUGGCUUCUGACACAUUCCCCAAUAAGUCAAUUUAUCUAUUUUUCUCCUUCAAAAAUGCAAUCUUCACUGAAGCUUUCCAGCGAAUUUGCUGAGAAUGAGAUUGUCAGUUGAGAAUGUAAAAGUCAGUUGUUUGCAGCACACAAUACUCAAGAAAUGGCAGGCUUGAUCAUUUUACAUCUAACGAUUUCAACUAAAUUAUAUAAAAAAAUACUCUUUUUGAACCUGCAAAGGUUCUCCACACUAAUGAGAUUUCUAAUUAAAUAUGGUAGGUGGACUACUCAAAAAGUAAACAUUAUAUUAUAAGAUAUUGUUUGCAUUGAAGGGUAAUCUUUAACAAGCAGCAGGUGUAUUUACUCUUGGAAGGCAUUCUCUGCAAAAUAAAAACAAUACUUCAAUAAGGAUGAUAUUUUCGAACAGAAAAAUUAUUGUACAGAAGUUUAACUUAAAUAUUUUUUUUCGAUUACACCUACAGCAAAUAAUAAAUUUUCUAAAUUUCCAUGACGAAAUAUGCAUUUGAAUCUUCUGAAAUCUUGAAUGUUUGGAACUGUUGGUAUCAUGUGUCACUGUGUCAUCGUCCAUGAUAAUAGAAGUACAUGUAGUAAAUUUUACUCAAUUUUGAUAUUUGGCCUUGUUAAGAGUUGGAUGAGGUUUGCUGAUUAAUGGAUUUGCCUGAAAUUAAUCCAUUCAACUUUCUUAGGAUUAUAUAUGCAGAGUAUCAAAUUAUUUGAACAUUGGAUCAUCAUGUGGAUGUUUCAUAAAGUUGUUAAAUCAUGCGUAACUGGAACAUGUUCUGAAAUGAUUAGUCAGUUACAUAGGAAAAGAAAUUGUUUAACACAAGAAGGGAUGCCCAGUCAUGCAUAGGGUCAUUUGUAACAUAUGAACAGCUUAAUGAAACCAUCAGUCAGCAUCAUAGCAAAUACACAGAGGAGUAUUAUUUUGAUGGGGAAAAAAAUAAAAGAAAAAUCAAUCAUUAAUUUUAGUGUCCAGAUAAUCCAACUACAUCAUUUUAAAGACUACCCUGUUGGAUACAGUGUUUACUUAUAGUAGCCAUACCUUAUCAUUCUCUGAACAUAUAGGGGUAACUUGUGUCGAGGUGCAAGUGUUUGUCACCCAGCAGUGAUUUGCCAACAUGAUGAUAACUACUGUUGUAUUGUAGAUUUUUGACUUGAUGCUGCAUCAUAUGAUUACCUUGACACCAACCAUUGAAGGCUGAGGUACUAUCUAUGGUACAUUUCAUGCAAAGUUCUCACGA